GGCCUAGAAGGCCACUGCGAGGCCGGUGAAAGUGAUCAUCAUCCAACCCAUUCACGGAAGUUUCGUUCUCACUAAUCAGCAGCACGUUGAACGGGAAAGUUGGUGAAAAUCAGGCGGCGUUACAGUUCGAUUUCAUUAGCUGGCUUUAAAAAGAGGGAACAAAUUCUAUCACAAAUUUGAGGAAACAAGGAUCAAUUCUUGAGACUUUGGUCGUUUUGGUUGUGAUAAUUACCGUUAAAGCCAAAAUGGUUUUGGAUAUAGCUGUUUCCAGGUUGGAUAAUACGACUCCAUUCGGAUUUAAGCUGGUUGGAGGAGCGGAUUUUGAUGUCCCACUACAGGUUGUGAAAAUACUACCAGGAAGCAUAGCCGAGGCUGUCGGUAUGCACGUUGGAGAUGUCGUAGUGCGCAUUAACGAUAUACCGACUGGCAAUCUAUCGUACUACGAUGCUCAUCAGCUGAUGGCUUAUGCCGGUAAUCAUUUUGUGCUGGGUAUUAUGAGAGCACGUGAGGUGCCACCAGAGCAGAGGGCUGUUAAGGAGAGAACACCGAGUGUUGAAGUAGAAUAUAUCAACACAUCCCCAAAACCAUUCUGGACACCCAACGCAAAUGUCGCUCUAACAGCAGAGGAAAAGGAGAUUGAAGAGAAAAUACCAGACGCUGCCAUUACGGACGAACAGAUUGCGGAGAUUUUGUCCGGUGAAGCUGAGGUUCUGAAAAAGCACAACAUUAUUGGAGUAAAUUUCAACAAAUUGAUACCAACAUCUGGCGUUUUCAAACAAAGCGAGGUAUUCAAAACACUCAACAGUGAGCUUGUGCAGUCGGAAGAAGACAAGAAGUGGACGACGUUCAUGCAAAAACCGUCACGCCCGAUACCGAAAUCGCGAGAGGAGAUACUACGUGAGAAGAAUCCCCCCAAGGAACGCUAUCAGGUACGAAUCGUAAAGCAGCCGAAACCGAAGACCGCUCCCGAUUAUAAGCCACCCAAAUCGCCGGAACCAGUGCCAGAACCGGAACCCAUCCCGUUGUACGACGAAUACAUGAACGAGCGAGCAGAAGCUGAAGUGGAAACCAUCAAAACGCUCGAAGCAGAACCUGUUAUGGAAAACCCAGCAGGAACGACAGAAAGCCCAGCAAGUGAAUCCGAAGAGGAAACCUCUGAGGAAUUCCGCUCUCAGCUGGAAAAUGUUCAAAAGCAGUUGGAGGCCUUAUCAAGCCUACCGAAUACGAUUCAACUAACGAUCGCUGCACUGACGGAGCAGUUGGCCGCUCUUGCACAACCGAAACGAAAAUCAAAAAGCGUAACUCCUCGUCCAGAAGAGAGUUCAGCAGAAGUAAAUGUAGCUGCCGAAGCCGCUUCGGAUAUUAUUCCGGAAGUAGAGGAAACGUUUGAGGUUUCUGAGUAUAAGGGAGAAGACCAGCAAGAUGGUGAACAGUCUUCUGGUUCGGAAGAAGGGGAACACAUUCUCUACACCGAGGAGCAAUUGGAGAAGCUACAACAAAGAAUGAAAGAACACGACAUCGAGUGGACCGACCAGAACGACAAGAGCUCGGAAGAAUCCUCACAGACAGGUGGAUCCAGUAGUGACACCCAUACGGCGAUGCAGAACGAACUGAAAAUGCAAGUGGUCAAGAAGAAGAAGAAGCACGUUAGCGCAUUUGGGCCUCUGACUCCACAGGAACGGCCCAUCUUUCUGCCAGGCGGACGCAAAUGGCGCAACGCCAAGGACGCUUUCAAUGAACAGUUCAUCGCUGAGGUGAUCAGUUCCCAGGCAGAACUGAUCCAGGGCACUACGCUAGGGUGCUAUUACGAAAGCCCUCAUCUCGGUUAUGACGAUAGGGUUAACUUUUUGAAGUACCAGCAACCGGAGAAAGAUCUUAGCUUCAUCAAGGAUAGCGAGGUGUACAAGUUGGUUCACGAUCAGAACCCGCCAAAAUCUGGCAUCGAACUGCGCCCGGAACUGGUAGUGGCCGAGGAAGAUGUGCGAAAGGUAAUGCAUGACGAAACCAUUUUCCAACCCCGCAAAGAUCGGGUGUUUCUAUUCUCAAAUUAAUCAUCUGACUCAUAUCCUAAUACCCCGAUUUCUUCCUGUACCUAUACGUGAUCAUCCAUUCUUCUUUUCAUCUCGCAAAUCUCGUCAUUGCAUCCAUAAAAUGAUUGGCUCACGUGAUUCGGAUGCACAUCUGCCCCGGCUUUACCUCCAACGUUUCCGGAUUUGGCUGCGGUUCUGUUCCCGAUGGCCCGAUGCACGUGAUGGCUCGCUAAUCAAAAACAAAUACAAAAUAUCGAAUUCCAAAAAUAUCCUUGCACACAGUGUGCAAUGCCGUGUUGAGUGAGGUCCUUUUCCGAAAGUUUGUGCAUAUUGUACGCGAGUUGUUGUUUUCGAUUUCUGCCUUGGAAACAAAGCUUCAACUGUUUUAUUUAUACAAUACCCAUCAUUUACUUAGUAAGGUCAGGUGAUCAGAUGAUUAAGUUUUGCUUGCGUUUUGGCUGGCUCACCCACAUAAUUGGGAAUAUAGAGCAUCGACAAGUUUAGGUUUAGGUUGAACUGUUAACUUAGUUAGGCGUUUCAUUAAAUCACAUGUUUAGUUGUUCUUGGUUGGAUUUUAGUUGGUUCAUUUCAUAAUUCAUGUGCUCACCGUCUCCAGUGACUGGUGAGACAGCUGUUAACUUUAAAAUUGUUUACUUUUGUCCGCAAUAUUAUACUGUUAAACUAUGUUAAAGUCGAAUAAACAUUGAAAAUGA